AUUAUCCGCCAGGUACAACACCACGCCAACUCACCAACUCAAACGCGACAACGAUCUCAUCGCCAACCAUAGACCAGAAAUCAUGAGUGACCCACCAGGGACACCAGGCAAAGGACAUUCAAGAAACAAGUCAGUCACUAAGGCUAGACCCAGGUCCUCUACUAAAGGGCCUCUCGAUGCCGACGAUGACCCACUAAUAGCAGCUCUCCAAAGCGCCGCGCAACCCGUCCAACGGACACCACCACAUCGGUCCAGGAUCUCAUCACCACCUGCUCGCUCAUCCGUAGCAUCGCCGGUCCCCCAGCUCGGCGAGGCCCGCGCCAAGAACUUCGCAUUCCUGCUCCGUCCAGAGAUCUACCACCCCCUCACUCCCCUGAAUGUGCCUGUCGCAUUCCGCAACUCGCCAAAGCAGCCCGGUCCGGAGGCGCCUCUGGAGGAACUGUUGGCAAAUGGGCAUUUUCGAGCAGCGGCUAUUGCUGCAGUCCAGGAGUUGACGGGAUCUGGCGCCAGCGGGGGCAUCAACCCUACGGAUUCUAAGAAGAUCUUCGGACUGUUGUACACCCGCCUGGCAUGCCUGACGUUGAUUGAUUCCACUCCUUUAGCUGCGCAGGAGGUCAAGGCCCUGGAGGAUCUCAACGACAUCCGAACAUAUGUCGAUGAAGCGACCGGUGAGCACCUGGUCCCUUGGGAGCUCCGGGUUCUCAACGUCCGCCUCCAAGCCCUUGGCUUUGGCGACCCCCGACGGGCUGUCAUGAGCUACCACGACCUCGCGCGGGAGGCCCGAGACAACAUCGCCAAAGCCUCGGCUCAGCACGACAACUCGGCAAGGGAGCUCUGGAAGGCCCGCCUCCACGACCUCGGGAUCCAGGUCGCUGGUGCCCUCAUCGAGAUGGACGACCUCACCGGCGCCGCGCACCACCUCAGCACCCUCCGGGACCGGGGCGAUGGUAAGAUGGCGCUGGCCAAGGCCCUGCUGUGGCUGCACCUGGGCAACUCGGAGAGCGCAAGGGAAUGUGCGCAGCGCGGUGCCGGCGACGGUCAGGAUGCGGAGAUGAUCAUUCUGGCGCUGUGCGACAUGGCAGACGCAGAGUACGAGUCUGCACUGGAGAGAUGGAAGGACCUGAAAGAAACAACGGACGACGAGAUGGUCGGCGUCAACAUGGGCGUUUGCCUGCUGUACCUAGGGCGGAUACACGAGGGACGGGAAAUUCUCGAAGGACUAGUUGAUUCGGGUCUGUCCUCUCAUACGCUACUGUUUAAUCUGUCGACUAUGUACGAGUUGUGCACGGAGAAGAAUCGCAAUAUGAAGCUCAAGCUGACGGAGCGGGCUGCUAGGAUGGAGCCUUCUGCGGCGGGAUGGGAGAAGACGAACGCAGACUUUAAGCUUUAGAUUUAUGAAUGAUGCAUUAAUGCUAUUUUGCUAUUA